UUAGAAAAUUGUCGUUUUUGGUGUUGCUGACGAGACGCUGGUGAGAGGCAGGAAGAAGCCUCCCAAACUAGAGCUGUAAACGGCAUAUUUUAUCACUAAAUGUCAUUAUUUUGUAUCUAAAGAAGGGACAUAAAUUUAGCACAAUGUCGAAGAAUACAGUGUCUAAUCGAUUCAGAACAGUAGACGUUGACGAAUACGACGAGAACAAAUUUGUUGACGAGGAGGAUGGAGGUGAAAAUCAGCUGGGUCCUGACGUGGCAGAAGUGGACUCGCUAAUCAGACAAGGGAACCUGAUGGAGGCCUUGCAGGCAGUCCUGAAGAACCCACCAAUCAACACCAAGAACCAGAACGUCAAGGACUGUGCAGAGGGCCUUGUGUUGAAGGUGCUGAGUGCCUUUAAGAGCAGUGACGUAGAGAAGGGGGUCCAGUCUCUGGAUAACAACGGAGUGGACCUGCUCAUGAAGUACAUCUACAAAGGCUUUGAGACGCCAUCGGAUAACAGCAGUGCCGUCCUGCUGCAGUGGCAUGAAAAGGCUCUAUCUGCAGGUGGCCUGGGAUGCAUCGUUAGAGUACUAACAGCCAGGAAGACUGUCUAACUAACAGAGGAGGAGAGGAGCCAUGUUCUUCACAGCGACCGUCUGGUCUGGUGCAUGUCCAGUAGGUCACAGAGGAGAUCCCUCCUAUCUGUCUCUCUUUUUAGAUCUCACUUCCCUAUGUCUCCCUGCACCCACCCACACACACACACACUAACACAGCUGUUUCACACAUUCACCCAAACACAUAAGACAUGCCAAAUUGGCAUCGUUUUUAGUAUUUUUACUCCAUUCCUUUCCUUCCCUAGACUCUCAAACACACACCAGCACAAUGCUACAGAACUCUUCUUAUGUAUGGCUUUGUUUCUCUCAGGAAAAAAUCGAUUUUAUAACUGCUACUCUAUAACUGCUACUCUUUUUUUUAUUAAAGCUCUGUUAGGCUGGUGUCUUUGUUAAAAAGCUGAUCAGAGAAUUCCUGAUGGAACAAAAGCUUAAAAUUCCACAGAAAAUUCCUAAUUUGCCCUUCUGUGACCCGUGGGGGCAGAGGAAGGGAGGCUCCUGAAAAGCACAGCCAGAGAUGGAGCGGGGUGGAUUUGCGGGUGGGGGAAGUUUUCACCAGCAGGGGUGGACCAGCCAUCCUGCCUGCCCUAGUUAGGGAUUAAUACCCACGAUGCAUUACGGCCCCCUUUACUACUAGCACCACUGUUAUUAAUCCUAGACUGUGUUCCUGUAAAAACACUACCCUACCACUUAGCUAAUGUAAAGGGCAUGCAGUCUAAGUGGUGUCCUAGUAUGGGUUUAGUGAGAUCUAUGCCUAUUCCACAGUGUUCUCUCACUCACUGAAUCACGUACAGGGCGUUAUCAUGUCAGACUGUUGUAAUAUUGUUUAGUAAGGGAUGCAUUUGUAGUGCUUCCAGGACAUAAGAAUAGUUUCACUAAGGACUAGGGUUGCAAACUUUCAAUAAAUUCCCUGGUUUUCCAGAAAUCGUGUUUGUAGGAUUCCGGAUUUAUUCCCUCGAUUCCGGGAAUCCUCCAACCGGCAUACCUAGGGAAUUUAUUUAAAGUUUCCAGAAUUUUCCAACCCUACUAAGGACCCAUUCAUCUAUGAUUAUUAGUAUUUUGACUAACAGGGAAUUUGCCUUGGAUGUAUUCUUCGCUCUGUCUCUGUUGGGCCACAUUCCCUCACCAGUAUAUUUUGUAUGCCAUCACUGCUAGUCAAUCAUGGUGUAUCUUUCAAGACGUAUUAUUUUAAUUUAACUAGGCAAGUCAGUUAAAAACAAAUUCUUAUUUACAAUGGCGGUCUACCGGGGAACAGUGGGUUAACUGCCUGGCUCAGGGGCAGAAUGACAGAUUUUUACCUUGUCAGCUCGGGGAUUCGUUCCAGCAACCUUUCGGUUACCGGCCCAACGCUCUAACCACUAGGCUACCUGCCACCCCCACAUUUAACCUGUGUUUGUUAAAGUGUCAUGGUUUUUCUAUUGUGAUUUGUAAAUGGCACUUUGGGUCUCUCCCUGGUAAUUGAUCAGUAUUUUAAAAAGCCAUCAGUGUACAAAUCAUUAAGAACACCUUCCUAAUAUUGAGUUGCACCCUCAGAACAGCCUCAAUUCGUCAGGUCAUGGACUCUACAAGAUGUCAAAAGCGUUCCACAGGGAUGCUGGCCCAUGUUGACUCCAAUGCUACCCACAGUUGUGUCAAGUUGGCUGGAUGUCCUUGGGUGGUGGGCCAUUCUUGAUACAUGGGAAACUGUUGCGCGUGAAAAAUGAGCAGCGUUGCAGUUCCUGAUACAAACCGGUACGCCUGGCACCUAUUACCAUUCCCCAUUCAAAUGCAUUUCAUAUUUUGUCUUGCCCAUUGUCUCAAGGCUUAAAAAUCCUUCUUUAAAUCUACACUGAUGAGUGAAGUUGAUUUAACAAGUGACUACAAUAAGGGGUCAUAGCUUUCACCUGGAUUCACCUGGUCAGUCUGUCAUGGAAAGAGCAGGUGUUCAUAAUGUAUUGUACCCUCAGUGGGCUUGCAUUUAUUUUGUAUAAGACCAAGUAUUUGAAAUAUGAACCCAGGAAUUGUGUUUGGUUGAAAUACUAGCAUGCAUUAGGUAGGACAGUAUUUUGUGGUGCACAACCAAACACUUUCCCUGGCUUUUGUGUCAUUCAUUGUGGGACCCAGAACUCUGUCUGCUUUAUCUGCCUUUACUGGUAGAUCACAUUUGUUGCCAAAAUAGCUGAUUGCUUUUCUGAAAGUUGUCUGUUUUGAACUGAAACUGCUACUUACAUCCAUGUUCUGAGCAGCCCUUGGCAGGUGUUCAGAUUGCUCUGUUCAGUUGACAUGGGUUAUCAGGACUUGCAGAUAAUGAUGAAAUAUGUACUGUAUCAUGUUUUUCAUGAUUGAUGACAUAAAUUAGCCCCGUUUUUAAUAUAUUGACAUGAAAUUAUGGCUUUUGCUCAUUCUCGCUCUAAAAAAAAACCUUGCUACAGUGUAAUUGAUGAGAAGUAAAAAUUGUCCGUACAUUUUUUUUUUUAAUGUUCUAAUUAUUUACGUUCAAAUCGGUGUCUUCUGUUCAUUCCUCCCAAGCCCUUAUUGUUUGAGAAUCACUAUGUGUUUUAUCUCUAUAUCCGAGUCACAAAUGGCAGCCUAUUCCUUAUAUACGGCACUGCUUUUGACCAUAGCCCUAUGGGCCCAGGUCAAAGUAGUGCACUAUAUAGGGUUAUGGGCCCAGGUCAUAGUAGUGCACUAUAUAGGGAAUAGGGUUAUGGGCCCUGGUCAAAAGUAGUGCACUAUAUAGGGAAUAGAGUGCCAUUUGUGAUGCAACCUGUCUCUGUAAUAAAUCAUCUAUGGGGAAACCACAUUUCGAUUAAUGAUGACCUUUUUUAAAAAAUAAUGUGUGGGUUUCUUCUUGUUUUAAUAAUCUCAUCAGUGGUGAUACAUUAGUAUCUGUUUUUAUAAUUAUGCAGUUGAAAUGUUCAAUUGCAAAAAAAUUAAGGAACAUAUCAAACUGGUGUACAAACUGCCUUACUCGAUAACAAUAUUCCUUUGUUUGUGAUUAAAUAAUAUAAAAGUUGUGAAAACAGA